AAAUGAAAUCGUCUAUCGAAAGCGGCUAGUUUUCCACGUCAAACGCUUGCAAGCCGGAGAAUUACAUUUUGUUGAUUUCAUUGAUUUGACGUAAGCAAAUUGCACUCAAAAUGGUCAGUUUGCUGCAGGAGAUCGACACUGAGCACGAGGACAUAGUCCACCAUGCCGCCCUGGACUUCUACGGCCUGCUGCUUGCCACCUGUUCGUCCGAUGGCAGCGUUCGCAUUUUCCACUCGCGCAAAAACAAUAAAGCACUAGCGGAACUCAAAGGACACCAAGGACCCGUGUGGCAGGUGGCAUGGGCACAUCCCAAAUUCGGCAACAUUCUGGCAUCGUGCUCCUACGAUCGCAAAGUGAUCAUAUGGAAGUCGACAACACCCAGGGAUUGGAGCAAAUUAUACGAAUACAUCAAUCACGAUUCCUCGGUGAACUCGGUGGACUUUGCGCCGGCUGAGUAUGGCCUGGUUUUGGCAUGUGCCAGCUCAGAUGGUUCCAUUUCCGUGCUGACCUGCAACACAGAGUACGGUGUUUGGGAUGCCAAGAAAAUACCCAAUGCGCACACGAUUGGAGUGAAUGCUAUUUCGUGGUGUUCGGCUCAGGCACCGGACCCGGCCUUUGAUCAGCGUGUGACGUCACGCAAUCCGGCCGUAAAGCGUUUAGUCAGCGGAGGAUGCGACAAUCUCGUUAAGAUUUGGCGUGAGGACAAUGAUCGCUGGAUCGAGGAGCAUCGUCUCGAAGCACACUCGGAUUGGGUACGCGAUGUGGCAUGGGCCCCCUCAAUUGGAUUGCCACGCAUGCAGAUAGCGUCUGCCUCACAGGAUCGACAUGUGAUCAUUUGGAGCAGCAACGCUGAUCUAUCGCAGUGGACAUCGAAUGUAUUACACACAUUCGAUGAUGCCGUGUGGAGCAUCUCCUGGUCCACCACGGGCAACGUACUCGCCGUCACCGGCGGUGACAACAACGUCUCGCUGUGGAAGGAGAACAGCGAAGGUCAAUGGAUACGCAUCAAUUACGAGUCGGGCACUGCCAUCCAAUCGAAGCAAUCGCAUCAGCUACACAAUCCCCAUCAGCAGCAGGCGCAGCAGCCAUUAAAUCUCCCACAGUCGUCGGACUCUGAGCAUAGCUCGAAUUUAUCCAAUUCGAACUUGUCAAACUCACAGCUGUCAAACUAGAAAUAUAUUCAAUAAAUUCAAUGUUUGUACGCCUUAAUCCAACCAAUUUAACCAACUUGUGGUCAAUAUAUCUUACAAAUGAAAAAUACAUUUAAUAUAAAGAAAGUA